AUGGAUGGAGUAGUGUAUCAAGGAGAGAAAGAGCAUGCGCUGACAGCUGCUCACGAAACUGACGAUGUCUGGGGUCUCUCAGCCGAUCCACCGUUUCUAUUCCCGCAUGGCUACUUUGACAGCUCGAAGUUAAAGCCGUUCGAUGCAAUCUACCUGAAUUUAAUGGCACAGUCGAAUCUUGAGUACGGCGGAAUAACUCUUGAGGAACUCGACAAGUUAGCCGCAUCUCAUAGAUAUGUGCCCUGGCCAUCCUACUUACCACGCACGAGAGUAGAAGAUGAUGUCCUUUUGUAUCGCGUACCGAUGUCUGACACUGAUGGAAUCGCACCAGGACCGAAAUCAAAUGAUUCGGAUCAUGCGCCAUCAAGACCAUUUUCAACCCUUGUCAACGAAAUCAUCUCCACAUCAGGUGGUCGUGCUUCUCGAGGGGAUGUCGCCGCAUUAAAAACUUCGCGACCCUCUUCCUCUGGUUUUACGUUGACUGCUCCUGAGCCUGGAUCUCCACUGGCGAAGCCAAUGCGAAGAAUCCGAAGGGCAUCCGACGUCGAUGAAGAGAAUCCUUUCGAGGACAUCGCGACUCGUGCUCCUCCUCGAGAUCAAAUGCAGCUGCAACUCGUACGAAAGAUGCUUCGACAAAGUCGCCACCGCAAAAAGAAGCAUCGUUUCCUCACCAGAGACGAUAUUUAUGAUCCACAACGGCAGGAAUCCUAUUGCUUACUCGAUGACGUCGAUCAAUAG